AUGUGGAAGAAUUCAAGGAGGUUCCCUGAGAAAGCUGUCGAGGACUUGCCAGGUCCAGGCCAAUACGAACAACCUACUGGACUAAUUGAUCCAAACACGGCCAAACACUAUGGAUUUUUGCAGAAAUCGAAACGGUUUCCUUCUCCAAGACCUGAAGGUCCAGAUGGUCAAUAUGAAGAGGAUGACGAUACUAGAACAUUGACAGAGAAUGCCAGAGGUCGAACAAUGUCCCGAAAAGAAGACAUAUUUGAUGCUCAGAAGUGGAAGAAGGAGUGCGACAGAUGGCAAGGCGAAUACGAAAGGGUUUUAGUCGUCCAAGAACGUGAGACUGCCCUCCUCGAAGAGAAAAUUGUCAAAUCUGAAGCGCAAAUCAAAGAAUUGAUCAAGGAAAGAGCUGAUUUGCAGACUCGCAAUUCUACCAAAGAAAAGGAAAUCGCAGAUGCUUUGAAACGUGAAGCCGUCAUUCGAACAAAUUUGGACAAGGCUGAAAAGGCAGUCACAAAUCUGCAUGAGAAGGCCAUCAAAUAUAGUGCUCUCCAAAAGAAGGUCGAUGAGCUGGAAAAGCAUGGAGCCAAAGCUAGAACUGUAGUCGAUAAACGUGUGGAAGGUCUCGUCAAGGAGAACCGUGAUCUCCAGGAUCGACUCAGACGACUUAGCCUCGAAAAGUCAGAACUCAGCAAUAAUGUAGAACAGGCUUCAGCAAACCAAAACGAAGAAUUGAUGCGAGCUCUGCAAGAGCUUGAACGUCUAAAUAAUGCCUUUCAAGACGGACAAGAUACUCUAACGCAAGUCAGUGAUCAACUCAAUGACCUGCAAGAGACAUUGCAACGUGAACGACACCAACACUUGCAGCAAACAUCUCAGUUAGAAUCCCAACUCGCUGAUUUACGUCGUACAGGUGAAUCACAUCGGGUUGAGAUGGAAGACCGUAUACAUGAUCUUUUAGAAGGUCGGUCCUUGCUGGCCGAACAGGUCGAAGCGCAGAGUCUGGAAAUUCAUAAACUUCAGGCGGAAUUGGAUGCAUCUUGUCAAGGAUCCAAAGCUAUGGAAGCCAAAUAUCAUGCUAAACUCAAUAGUCUACAGCAACGAAUUGAUGAACUCUCACGUCGCAGUGGUCAAGCUCUUGCCGAUAAAGAGUCAGAAUUGAAAGAAUGGCAGAGUCGAGCAUCUAGAUCUGAAAAGGAAUUGUCGUCACGAGUAAAGGAACUAGAGGCCAAGUUGAAGCAAGAUGCUGCUACUAUCAGUAAAUUGGAGACUAGUAUUGUCGAAUCAGCCGCAUCCAAUGCUACUAAAUUCCGAGACUUGGAAGAACAAUUACGUAGUGCUCAUGCUGCUCGAGUUGAAGAAGUAUCCAGUUUGUCCGAAUUACUAGAUCAGACCGAAUCUGCUCAUGUAAAAGAAAUCAAGUCGUUAACGGGACAGUUGGCUGAGAGUCAUCAAACUCAUCAACAAGAAGUCUCGAAAUUGCAGGACGAUAUAAAACGACGUGAAGCUUUGGUGGCAGAGUUGCAGCAAAAAUGGAAGUCUAGUGAAUCUGCUGCCGCUUCCAAGUAUGAUGACCUAGAACAAUCAUCCCAUAAUAUAAAACGAGAGCUGGAAGGCCAACUAUCCAUAUAUGGAAGUCGUCUUGACUCUGUUAUGACUCAGAAUCAGAAUUUGCAGGCUCAACUUGAUGCCAAAGUUAGAGAGUUGGAACAAAAUCGAGCGGAAAUCGAGGAGCAAUUAGUAGCAAACCGUCAACAUUGGUCUAGUGAACAGGCAGCCGUCCAAUCUAAACUAGCAUCAGCAAUUGACAAAAGUAAAGCCAUGGCUACUGAAUUAGAGUCUGAAAGGCAUGCUCGAUCACAAGAGUCUCUGGCCUUUAGAGAAAGCAUCACCGAUCUAGAACGUAUAAUUGAAGCCAAAGAUCAAGAAUUGGCCGAUAUGACUGUCUCUCACCGAACCGAACUUGCAGCUCUAGAUCGUGUAAUAGAAGCCAAAGAUCAAGAAAUGGCAGGCGUGACGGCUUCUCACCGAGAUGUAGUAAUGGGGUUAUCACAAAUGAUUCAGGCUAAAGAUGAAGAAUUAGCUGAAUCUUCCUCCUCGCACCAAACUAUAAUUCGUGAAUAUGACGCCCGGAUAGACCAACUCACGUCAGAUGUCGAGUCCUUGCAACACCAGUUGCAACAGGAAGAAGCUGAACGACAGACCCUCGACUCUCGCAUUCCUGAACUAUCCGCGGCAUUAGAAUCUGUAGAAGCUGAGCUAGCUCAAGCUCUCAAGGCCAAUGAAGAUUUGACCAUGCGAGCUAGAGCAGACACGAUUCGAGCUGAAGAUGCCGUUCGUGAGCAAUGGGCAGCUGCUGAAGAAGCCUUUGAGGCCGACAAGGUGGAAUGGAAAAAGCGUCUCGAAGGCCUAUUCGAGCAAAAUAAAUCAUACAAAUCUAGUCUAGAAGCAGAGUCGAGAGAAAAGAGAGGAGCUCUCAAAGCUAUUGAAGAGGUCAAGGCAGAGUUGAUGAAUGCCAAGACUGAAACCAAGGAGGCUAAGAUUGAAUUGGCCAAGGUCAAGAGUGACCUUGCUCAAGCAAGGACUGAGUUGACUGGAUCCAAGAAGGAUCUUAGUGGUACACAUGCCGAAUUGUCGACUGCUAAUAAGACCAUAUCAACUGUUAAAGCAGAAUUGGCAAGGACUCUAUCCGAACUUGAGGCACAAAAGGCUGCACGUGCUAAAGAGGUAGAGGAACUCAAAUACACGAGUAGCAAAGCCAAAGAAAACCAUGACUCGAUACGCCUCCAUCUCCAAGAACAGAUUGAUGAAUUGUCAGUCGCCCUUGAAGCUGGUCGUGAAGAGAAGAUUGUCGAUGAUGACAAGAUUCAGGCAUUGACUCGAAUGGUUGAACUUAAGGAAGACGAAUUGGCUACCGAACGAACACAUAAUGAUAAGCUCUCACAAGCUAAUACCACUCUCCAAUCCCGUGUCUCGACUCUUGAGUCUGAUCUUCGUAAAGAACGUGAAGAACGUGCUCACGAGGCUUCCAAUAGUCAUGCUCAGAUUAUCACCAUGACCAAUCGUAUCAAGGAAGCCGAUGAUGCUAUGAAGCAAUUGGAAGCAACCACGACCAAGAGGCUUGCUUCUGCAAACGAGCAGUAUCAACAGGAUCGACAACGUCGUGAGAAGGAAAUGCUAGAACUUGGUAAACAGGUAGAAAAGCUAUUGUCACGAUCUGAGCAAUUGGAACGUCAAUUCUCGGAUGUAUCAAAGAAUCUAUCCCGCAAAGAAGCUCGUUUAGAAGAAUUAGAAUCGACUCUACAAGCACGUACCGCCGAAUCUGAUUUGGAAAAGGUGUCUCGAGCCGCUGAAAUGUCUGACUUGCGUCAAAGGCAAGCAGAAGCGCUAGAACUACGAGAUCGUCGUGAACGAGACUUGACUGCUCAGGUUCAAGAUUUGAAGAAGAGCAUGGCUGAUAAAGAUAGACAGCUGGAAGAAGUCCGUGGUAAAAUGAGAAUAACCGAACUGAAAACUACCAAUGAUAUAUCAGGCCGUGAUGAGCGAUUACGUUUAUUGGAUGGACAACUAUCUGAUUUACGUAAACAGCUCGACUCAUUACGUGAUGAGAAUAUUCGACUUCGUAAAAACUUUGAUGCUGAGGAUAUUGCUAAAAGGAAUUCUGAACAAAACAAGAGAGCCAUUGAAGAAGAGCGGUCUCAUUGGAUGAGUCGUGAAUCACGAUGGGAUGGUGAUCGUAAGAGACUGGAAGCAUUAGUGGAAGAGCAAUCUCAUGAAUUGCAACAAGGUCGUGAAGAAAUGACUAGGUUGCAAGCUGUGGCAGAUGAAGCCGAUCAUCGACGACUAGAGAUUGAAGAGACAUUGAGGUCUCAAGUACAAUUACUCAUGUCUAAGUCAGGCCUAGCAGAGGCUGAGAUGGGUCGGCUCGCUGAAAUAAAUGCUGAUCUGCUUGGUCACAAUAAUGCUCGUCAAAAGAUAAAGCAUAUCGCUCAACUCAAGGAAGAGAAUGUUCGCCUGAAGAAGGAAAACUUGGUCUUGGCUAAACAACGAGAUGAGUUACGUAGAAAGACUCUUGUCCUUGAACGUGACGUCGAGUCUAUCCGACCUGUACCAUUUGCUCCAACAACACCAGCAGCUAUUGGUGCCGGAAUAUCCACUGGUCGCAAACCACCACCAUCACGAAUGUCACGAUCAAUAUUAGGUUCCAAAAAUCCGCGAGAUACCUUCUUUGGCAGUGCUAGUCUUCAACUCCCUCAGGAUGCCGACAAGUCCUUUAUAGCUUCCAGUACAUCAUUCCUAGGCAUGAACGCAUCUUUUGGUGGUUCUGCCUCGACCAUACCCGAGACUUUGAAUAAUGAUGCCAAUGAAAAUGAAAAUCUGACUUGGGGAGGUCUUGUCUCUGCUGAUGAUCCGAGAUUAUUAGAGGACGAUAAAGAGAACCGUGCAUUCCGAGUGCAGGUUGCUCGAGAACGUGCGAGGAAUAAGGCUGACGAAGAACGUAUGAAGAUUGAGGAAGAUCAAAUGAGGGUGGUCAGCGAGACAACAAGGAAGGGCCGUGGUGGUGAUUCCUUUGUAGUGCCGAUUUAA